AUGAAAGGGCCCAAUGCCAAGAAGCGCAAGACGUCCCACGACCAGAACAAUGGCCGGAAUGACAACCAAGACGACAUCUUCACCUCGAAGCCCACGGCCGUUUUCACCCCAAAGGGAGGCCGGUCGCAUACCCUGAGCAUUGCGAUUCCGGGAAGUAUCGUGGCCAAUUGUCAUUCCGUCGAACAGAAAUCAUUCCUUGCCGGAAGUAUUGCACGAGCUCUCGCCGUUUUUUGCGUGGAUGAAGUGAUUAUUUUCGACGACGAUGAGAAGAGCAAUAACACCAAAAAGAACUAUAACGACUCAAACGACGCCAACGACUCCCCUAUGACCGAAACAAAGCAUCAAAUCAGCAGGGAUGGCUCCCAACCGGGCUAUUUUACAGCCUACUCCGACCCCUCGCACUACCUCGCACAUCUCUUGUCGUACCUCGAAACCCCGCCGUAUCUGCGGAAACACCUCUUCCCCAUGCACCCCAAUCUGCGAACCGCCGGUUUGCUGCCUAGUUUGGAUAUGCCGCAUCAUCUGCGCGCGAAUGAAUGGUGUGAUUACCGCGAUGGGGUUGCUAUCUCUGAAACAGUCGUGGAUACCGGGUUACCGCAAAAAGUGAACGUUACAAAUGAGCAGUAUUUCGAUAAUGCGCGCGUUACUGUGCGGUUUUCGUCCCAGGAUGAACCCGAUAACGCAGAAGCUGUUGACUCCUCCGCGCCUCGUACGGAAGCUGGGUAUUACUGGGGUUACUCCGUGCGCCGCUGUGGGCGUCUCUCGUCUGUCUUUGAAGAAUGUCCGUUCGAUGGCGGAUAUGAUCUCUCCUUCGGUACCUCAGAGCGCGGCGCGCCUCUCACCGAGGUCCUGAAGCAGGAUGAAGGCGAUGGUGGUGGAGGUGAUCCAGGCUACAAACAUCUCCUUAUCAUCUUUGGCGGUGUCGCGGGUCUCGAGACCGCCGUCCGGAACGAUCACCAACUGCGCGAAAUGGGUAUUCGUCCGACUGAGGCGGAGAAAUUGUUUGAUCACUGGGUUAAUAUUCUCCCCGGACAAGGGAGCAGAACUAUCCGUACCGAGGAAGCUGUCUGGCUGGGCCUGACGGGGUUACGGGGAUUGGUUGAGGGGACGCACCGGUUGAGAGGCUCGUCCUAA